GCCCCGCCCACACGGCUCGCCCCACCUCCUCCCAUAAGGCGGGGGACGAGCACUGCGCAUGCGCCUGGCUGCGCGGGAAAGCCGUUCGGUUAACUGCUUUGGUCUAACGCGGCACCGGCGGGAGAGCUGAGGAGUCUCCGCGGCGAUCAUGAAACGCCACCGCCCACCUUGCAGUAAAACGGGGGCGACCGCUGGUGGGGCGUCUGCAAAAAAAGCCUUUAAAUCACAAAAUCAGCGAGGGCCUUCCAGCACAAAAAAGGGGACAAAUGAAGAAGGAAGAAAGCAAGAUCAAAAUAGAAAGCAGGUCACUCAGACAGUCAAAAGGAAAGCCAAGGAGCACGAGGACUAUUCCCCUGCAGGACAAAAAGGUUCUUCAAAAAAGAUAAAGCUCACCAGUGCUAAAACAGCAUCUUGGCAGACUCUCUCAGAGAGCAGCAGGCACUUUCUGGAAACUGUAUUGGAUUCAGUAAUGCUAUCUAUUCUGGGCCAGCAAAAUGAGAGAAAAGAUGCUAUUCAGAAGCACCUCAAUCUGCUGAAAGAGAGGGUGCUGAGAGUUUUCAAGACUUUAAAUGUGCCUCCAGGGAAGCUGGGCAACCUGAAGAACCUCCUGAGCCUUCACAUGGCAGAGAAAACAAUGCUUGAGACAAAUGAAGAGUCUUUGGUAAAAUUGCAGGAAGAAAUAACCGAAGCUGAGAGAUCAGCAGAACGCACUGAAGAAACCAUACAGCAGCUGCAGUACAAAAUCCAGGUGCUCAAGGAUGAGUUAGAGGAAGAUGAAAAAAAGGCCAGAAAGGUAUACCAGGAGAAUGGUAGUGGGGCGCUCCACCUUCCAGAACUCCCCAAGCGCAGUUUACAGGCACCCAUUUUGCAGGAAGAACUUGUGAAGACUGAAAAUCAGAAGGGUCUCCUAAAGGAUAUGAACACUAUUCAGCAGUCAGCCGACUUGAAGAACAUGUUAACCCUUAUUGAAAAGAUCUAUGAGAAGGUGGACUUUCUUUGAGUAUCCAAAGUAUAUGGAGUCUGCUUUGAAGCAAGUUAACCUGUGCCAGCUCUCUGUGUUAGUGCAGCAUAGCAGGAUGCUGACCAUGGAAACUGUUUUCUUCCCAACGCCUUUGCUGUUGUCACUGCUGACUUUUUGUAAAAACAUUUUCUGUGAAUAUUGGUAUGUAAACCUGCAGCUGUGUUAUGAUUUAAGUAAGCAGUUGGGGUUUUUUGGAACCUGUGGUGACUUCUGAAGAUGAUAUUGACUGUCUUAGGAGAAAGGAUGGAUCCUGGCCUUCUGCACUUUUAUAGAACCUAGUUCAUUAUAUUUGGACUUUUAUCUUGAACCUGUAAACCGAUGAGGGCAGCAUCUCUUACCAAACUGGCUUUUGUUUGGAAAUUAAAUUUACUACGUGUUUCAGGUUUAUCUAAUGCUCAGUUGCAAAUCCUCUUUUCAGAUUUCUUACCCUUUUAUACUAAAAACCUUCCGUGGCAGGAGAUUGAAAAUUAUCAAAUAUAUGGGGCUUUUUACAUUUUCAUAUUCAUCAAAAAAGAAAAGAAACAACUCAAAGCAUUCACACCCGGUUUUGCACAUAGCUGCAGACGCUGGAGAAAAUGUAAAGGUGGAAUUUUCCUGAGUCUCUCAACGUAACACAUCACUGACCUGUCCUUUCCUGUGGGAUUUCAGUGAAUUGGGAUGUUUUUCAGGGAUUCCAAGCUCAUCUGGGUUCAAAAUCGGACUGGAUAAAGGCCUGAGCAGUCUGGGCUGACCUCACAGCUGACUCGUUGACCCCCUGCGGUCCCUGUGGUCUUUUGAGCCUGGGAAUCUAUCGGCAUUCCAAUUCUGCACCACAGUUUCACCUUUUGGAUUUGAAUGGGUGUGACUGGAAAUGAGAGGUGACUGUGAAGGGAUGUGUGCUGCAGGUGCUGUUUCUUGGUGGAUUUGCUCUGUUUCUUUGGUGUUUGUGGAUAUCCACGUGCAAACGUGGACCCAGCACUGGUAGCAAGGAUCUUACAGGCCUGACCUGAGUCAGUCAUUAAAUACUUCAUGGGGACUAUUAAGGUUUAGCCUGAAGCUUGUGUUUGUGGAGGGAGCUGGAAGGGGCCACGAUUGCCACACCUCAUAGGAGUCAGGUCUGGAAUAAAGGGAGUCUGAUUUCCUUUUGACAAGACGAACUGAUUCCUGAGUCAGGACCAGUUGUAGCAGUUCUGCCUGGCAAAGGAAGGAGAGCAGUAAGGUGGAGGACAGACAAAGGCAGAACAGAGUCCAGGUGGUGGAAGGGGACUCUGUAAAACUGCAGAUUCCUUCCUGAGUUCAUAUGGGAAGCAAAGCAAAAGAGAGAAAGGAAGGCAAACCAUGGGAGGAAGGGAAAGAAGAGUUGAGGGACUGGUCUGUGGGAGAAACAAGGUUAAGUUGGUGUGUCUGCUUGAGAAAACGAGCCCCAGGCUUCAGGAAGGUAGCUUAGAGAACCGAGCCUACAGAAAGGCUCUGAAGGGACUGCGGAGGAAAUGUGGGCCUGUUCACUACGCUUUUUAUCUGUUUUGUCUGGUUCUGACAGCGAGGGGUUCCUUAGUCCUGUAUGAAAGGUGAGUAAUUGGCUCUAUCACUGUGAAGGUUUAAUGCAGGGAGCACACGCCUAGGAGGCAUUUCAUAGAAAGCAGGAGAGGAAAAAGUGCAUUUGACAGAGAUUCAAGUGAAAAAGUAGAUGGGUUAAUACUCAAGAGACUGUUGCUUCCUUCAAGAUUUGCCUGUCCUCCGCGCUGCUGGCUGGGCUUAUGGCAGCACUGUCACUCGAUCUCCUUUGAUUCAGACAGUGGAAGCACCGCCGUGCCGUGCUGCUGGCCAAACAGCUGCCAGGGAGCCGAUGGACAGCAGCUGUUAAGCUGCUAGAAAGUCAGAUAACACAAGUUCUGGGUUCAUGGAGUUUCAAAGCUUCACAUAGUAUCCAGCUGUGCGUAUAAUUCCUGUCACAGAAUUAGUCUCUGACACCAACUGACUGGCUUCCUAGUUUUCUUCCUUGCAUCCUUUGGCAUCACUAACAAUUGAUCUAACAGAUGAACUAACAGCAGCCCCAGGGAAUGAGAAAGGUAAAUAGUUUAGUGAGAUAGGUAAAUAGUUUAUGUACAUAGACCUUCGGAAGCACCAGAGCGAUACAGGGCUGGAUUCCUACAGGUCUUGAGGAGGUGGUGCUCAACACAUUCAUGAUCAGACAUUCAUGGGCUGUGUUUGCAGCCCAGAAACGAACUGUGUCCUGGGCUGCACCCAGAGCAGCGUGGGCAGCAGGGAGGG